AUGUUUCGAAGACCUGUAGUGCAGGUCCUUCAUUAGUUUGUAAGACAUGAGUCUGAAAUAGCUGGCGAAAGAUCUCUGAAUCGUGUGCAGUUACUUGGUCGAGUAGGUCAGGACCCUGUCAUGAGACAGGUAGAAGGAAAAAACCCAGUCACAAUAUUUUCUCUAGCAACAAAUGAGAUGUGGCAAUCAGGGGAAAAUGAAACACACCGAAUGGGUGAUGUCAGUCAAAAGACAACGUGGCACAGAAUUUCAGUAUUCCGACCAGGCCUCAGAGAUGUGGCAUAUCAGUAUGUGAAAAAGGGGUCUCAAAUUUAUGUGGAAGGGAAAGUAGACUACGGUGAAUAUAUGGAUAAAAAUAAUGUGAGACGACAAGCGACAACAAUUAUAGCUGAUAACAUUAUAUUUCUGAGUGACCAGACGAAACAGAAGGCAUAGAGUGCACGAUUCUUCUUUGGCCAUUGUUUGGUACAGUCUUGUUUCCAAAUCUUGAUAGUCUUUAUAGUU